UUGAAAUCAUCAAACCAUAUUAUUAUUUAAAAAAAAAAAUUCAACAACAUACAACCCUUCAUCACUUUCCCUCCUUCACCUCCACCAUGAAAACAACAACAACCACCCUUACUCUCCAUUUUCCCUUUAUCUUGUUCUUCUUCUUCUUCUUCCUAUCCAUCUCCUUCCCAACCCCUUCCUUCUCCCAAUCAGAUACUUAUCUUAUACCUCUAAACCCAAGGCUAGACAAAGCUUUCAUAGCCUUACAAGCCUUCAAACACUCCAUUACCUCCGACCCCAACAACUUCACCGGCGACUGGUGCGGCCCUCAUGUCUGCAACUACACCGGAGUUUAUUGCACACAUGCUCUCGAUGACCCUGACAUUUACACCGUCGCCGGCAUCGACCUCAAUCACGCAAAUAUCUCCGGCGAGCUCCCCGAAGAUCUCGGCCUCCUCACUGACCUUGCUCUCUUCCACCUCAACUCCAAUCAGUUUUGCGGCACCUUGCCGGAAUCUUUCGCUGAUCUCAAGCUCCUCUUUGAACUAGACGUCAGCAACAACCUUCUUUCCGGCCCCUUCCCUUCAGUGGUCCUCAAACUUCCAUCUUUGAAGUACCUUGAUUUGAGAUACAAUUCAUAUCAUGGUGAUGUGCCAAAAGAUGUGUUCAACCUCAAGCUCGACGCUUUCUUCAUAAACAACAAUAACUUCACUUUCACUUUGCCGGACAACAUCGGCAACUCUCCGGUCUCCGUCUUGGUCGCUGCCAGCAACCAGCUCAAUGGCUGCUUACCUCGCAGUAUCGCAAACAUGUCGAAAACUCUAAAUGAGAUUGUAAUUCAGAACAGCAAUUUAAGCUCUUGUAUCCCGCCGGAGUACGGCGAGUUGGUUAAUCUCACGGUGUUCGACGUCGCCUUUAAUAGCUUGGUCGGUCCAUUGCCGGAGACUUUUGGAAAGUUGAAGAAGUUGGAGCAGUUGGAUGUUGCUCAUAAUAAGCUCUCCGGCGAUAUACCGGAGAGUAUCUGCGAGUUGCCGAGGCUCAAGAACUUCACUUUCUCUUAUAAUUACUUCUGCGGUGAGUCGGAGAAGUGUUCAAAGAUUCGGAGAAGGGAUGAUAGGGAGAACUGCAUUCCUUAUAGGCCUGAUCAAAGGUCUGAGGAAGAGUGCAGUGCUUUCUUAGAAAAACCAGUACAUUGUGAUGCUUUUAGUUGUAUGGCAACAUCUCCGCCGCCGCCAACGCCGCCGCCAACAGCACCACCUGUUUAAUUCAUAUUGAGAUGAAUAAAUAAAUAAAUAAAUAUAUAUAUAAAUAUAAAUAUGUAAAUGCUUUUCUUUGUUUUGCUUUUGUUGAUGGUUGUCUUGUUUUCUCUUGUAAACGAAGAAUGAAUGAUGGCUGAUGGUUAAGUGUUUGAUUUGGACGGGAUAAUUGUUGGGAGAAUGCAAGUCAAGCUAUGUAUUAUGAAUAAUGUCAUGGAGCAUUUUGUCUUUGUUUA